AUGGAAAUUCAGAAGGUGUUCGAAGAUGCUUGGUGCAGGAUUUUUCCUGCCACUCUGUCUGAUGCUGCUCAGGAGAGGUAUUGUAAAUUUACACUGACUAACAAAACUUCAUGGGAAAAUUUCGUCAAGGAAUUUUAUAGACAAUUUGACUCUGGUCACAUACAUCCGACCGAAGCAAAUCAGUUGGUAGAUAUAAGGCAAAAGGAAGGAGAACCUCUCAAAGAUUAUAUUCAAGGGUUCAUGAGAGCGGCUGCUCAUGCCAAAACGGUGAGAGAUGAAGGGAAGAUGAUGGCCAUUACAUCUGGAGUAUAG